AGAUUAAGGAACCAGUAGACUUUACUCGAUAACUUCCUUUUUCCGUUUGGUUUUACCAACAUGGGUUACAGAGGCCGAAGGAAACAUUUAAAGCGGUUGACCGCGCCUAAGGCAUGGAUGCUGGACAAACUUGGGGGUGUCUUUGCCCCCAAGCCCGGCACUGGCCCACACAGGUCCAGGGAAUGUCUGCCUCUGGUUGUUUUCUUGAGAAACCGCCUAAAGUAUGCUCUCACUGCUGAUGAGGUGAAGAAGAUCGUGAAACAGAGGCUCAUCAAGAUUGAUGGCAAAGUCAGGACAGAAACAAGAUACCCAGCUGGCUUCAUGGAUGUUAUCACCAUUGAGAAGACAAACGAGCACUUCCGUCUGCUCUACGACGUCAAGGGACGAUUCACAGUUCACAGAAUCAAGCCAGAGGAAGCUAAGUACAAGCUGUGCCGUAUCAGGAAACAGGAGAACGGACCCAAGGGUGUCCCGUACGUGACAACCACUGAUGGACGCACCAUCCGCUACCCUGACCCCCUCAUCAAGGUCAAUGAUACCGCAAUGGUAGACAUUGCCUCCGGCAAAAUCAAGGACUUCAUUAAAUUUGACAGUGGUAACCUUUGCAUGAUCACUGGCGGCCACAACUUGGGGCGUGUUGGCGUGAUCCAGCACAGAGACAGACAUCCAGGAUCGUUCGACAUAGUUACUGUUAAGGACGCUGUCGGACACACAUUCGCCACCAGAAUUGGCUACGUUUUUGUGAUUGGCAAGGGAAGCAAGCCAUGGGUGUCGCUGCCACGAGGCAAGGGAGUUAAGCUGACCAUCGCAGAGGAGCGUGACCGCAGAAUGGCCAUCAAGUCUCAGUGAUGUGUACUGUACAAAUAAACUAUAAAUAAACCCCUGGAAGAGAGA